UCAAAUUGAUUUUAAACUCUAUAUCAAGACACUAAAGGAUUAAAACCAAGUAAAUAAAAUUUGACAUAUUUGUAUAAACUGACCUGCUGUUGACUGUAUGUAUGUAUGUACUUUAAAAUUAUGAAAGUGAAACGUGUUGACGAAGUCUCUUUGACUGGAGAAUCCGACCAAUAUUCUUUUUAAGUUUGGAAUUUUCGUAGAUAGAAUGGAUCCAUUCAUUGUUGCGGCUAUUAUUAGUGCCAUAGUGAUAAUUAUACUAUCCGUAGCAUUUUUAAAAGUUGCUCAGGUGAAGCCACAAGCCGCAGCGAGACCUAGAGCAGUUGCACAAAGAGAUGGAGGUCCAGGCAGAGUGCAAGCCGUCAGAAAUCAAAGAGCACGAAUGAGAGCAAACGAAGAAGAACCUGAAGUUGCUAACGAAGUGGAAAAUGAUUCGAUGCCUGAAACCACUACUAAAGUGGAAUUUGAUGAUAAGAUGGGUGCCAAGAAAAGGGCCAAGCUUGAAGCCAAAUUGGAAAAGCAAAAAGCUAGAGAAGCUGAGUUACAAAUGCGUGAAAUGAAAAAGAAGAGAGAUGAAGAAAUGGAGGAAGAAAGGAGGAAAGCAGAAGAGAAACAAGAGGAAGAAGAACGGUUGCGUGAGGAAGAAGAGAAGAAAGCUGAGGAAGAGCGAAAACGCCGUGAACAAGAAGAAUAUGAGGCAAUGAAGGCAGCAUUUUCAGUUGAAAGUGAAGGUUUUGAAGAGAAUGAGGAACAAGAUAGAGAGAGUCUACUUCGGGACUUUAUUGAAUACAUCAAAGCACAAAAAGUAGUGUUACUUGAAGAUUUGGCUGCUCAUUUCAAAUUAAAGACACAAGCUGCUAUAGACAGAAUUACAGAUCUACAGACUUCUGGAGAACUCACGGGCGUCAUUGACGAUAGAGGAAAGUUUAUUUACGUAUCACAAAAAGAGCUAGAAGAUGUUGCUAAGUUUAUAAAACAGAGAGGGCGCGUAUCUAUCACAGAUUUAGCUGAAAGUAGCAAUGAAUUGAUCAACUUGAAUCCUGUUAUAGUAACAUAGAAAUUAACAUAUGAUUUUUGUGGUUAAUGUAAAUGUUACCUAGUUAAGUUUACAAAUAUUACUUUGUUAUAAAAAAAGCAAAUUUAAAUUAAAUAAAGAAGUUUAUUUAAAGUGAUAAAAAGACAGUUAUUCAUCAAUUAUUUCAUAACCAAACAUAUCCCUUCCUUUCUCCAGCAACAAAAGAGAAGACUCUUUCAAUCUAUCUAAUACCUCUAAAAGCUUAGACUUUGUAAACACUUUGUAGAGACACCUAUUUUCCCCAGCAAUUAAAUUGCUUAAUUUAAGAGCCUCUUUGUGAUUUGCAAUAUCAUCGCCACUUUGUAAAAUUUUUAGUGUCAAUAUGACAAUUUCUGGAAUACAAAGGCGUCUCAGUGUCUCCAGCUGCUUUAUUCUCUCUUGUUUUUCAUCUUGACUAAAAUUAUUUGAUGAAGUACAAUCGUUUUCGUCUUGUAGCCAACCUCCUGGGAAUAAUAGUACAUUAUAAAGCAAAUUUUUUGUGUACCGAGAUUGAUGUUCUACUGCAUUUAACCAACGAGCUUUUUGCUCCUCUACUUUAGCACACAUUUGUUCAUAAUGGACUUUAUCUGAAAAUGUAGCAUCUGGUGGUAAAGGUUCCACAUCUUUAGGUUGCCCACUGAUGAAAUGUCUAUACCAUGUAGCAAAACUCUCAAUAGACUCCAAGUAGGCUUUUAGACAUAGAUGUUCUCUGAGUUCAGAAGAGUUUGUGGGAACUUUGUUUACAAAAUCUGGGAACAUUUGAUUAACAUUAAUGAUGCAAGCUAAAGCGGCAUCAGUGUUUCCUAUGAAUAUGAAUGUACGAAUCAUAGCAUUACUUAACCAAAGGGCUUCUUCUAAUUGAUUCGCUAUCAAAGCUAACCAUUCCAGAGAUGAUAUCACAUUGGUUAUCAAACUUUUAUCUUUUUCAAUUGCUGUUGUCUGGGUAAAUGUUAAGUCUAAAUUUCCAUAACCUUGUUGGAUAUCAGCUAUGGCUUUCUUUAUUGCUACCCUAGCAGAUGCUGCUACAUCUAUUCCAGCACUGACUCCAGCCUUCACAACACUUUCUCUAUAUUGACUUUUGUAAAUAUGAUUCAUCAAUUCAGCAUACAAAACAAUCUGACGUUCAAUGGGGACAGUUGAAGUAUAGUAUGCAAUAAGCUCUGGAUUAUCAAUAGAACCAUCUACUCGUUGCUCUAUAAGUUGUGUCACAUACUUCUCUAAAAUAUUAUCACCAACAUCAUGUUGAGGAUCCUUUCCCAUCUGUCUCAAAAUUAAAAUCAAAUGUGCCAAGAAUCUUAUAAAUCUUUCUUCAGAAAUAUCAAGCCAUUGUUGUGACUCCUGCAUAAUUGCUCGAAUGUUGCCUAGCAUGAGAUGUCUUUGACAGGUUUGAUAAUAUGAUUCCUUUUUAUCCUCCAUCAAUGAUUUAACAGCACUGAACACUUGUUGGAGAGAUAGUUCUUCAAUUUGAAGUUCACUCUGUAACAUGUCAAGCACAUCUGAUGAUGUUGUAUUAGCUUCUACUGUGGCAUGAUGUUCACGUAGGAAUUUAUCUACUCUUGCUUCAAUUUGAAUUCUUAAAUGAGCCCACAGUAAGUCCUCCCAAUUACUUUGACAAGCCGGUAGAGCACUAGCUAGGUGGCCACAUAAAAUUCCAACAGUUGCUCUGUAAUGAGUAUUUUCAGUUGCAUUGCUUGAUAUACCAAGAGCACACCAUUUCCACAAAUCUCUUGAUGGAUUUCCAGAUAUUUCUAAAGGAGCAUUUAUAUCUUCUCUUGGCAAGUAGUGAAGCAAAGCCCAGCCUUGUAAUACAGCCCCACGCCAGGCUUGCCCAGCACUGAUGCACAGUGAAACUGCUUCCUUAAAUUUUCCACAACGAACUUCUGUGAAUAUUCUUUUGCACAAAUCAAUAUCAUCUUUAUUAUCAUCAGAAUGCAGUGAUUUCUUUUGACGCCUUGGUGCAUCUGGGUCCAUACAUGUGAUCAUAGCUUUAUUCUUCUCUUUAUUAAAUAAACUUGAACCAAUUAAUAACUGAUGGAGAGUAUUGCCCCAAUGUAUAUUGUUACCAAUAACUGGAGCUGACGUUUUAGUUGCUUCUUCUUGGUAAGCAGCUGUAGCUUCCAACCAAUCUACUAACAAUUGUAAUAAUCUUAAUUCAGAAUCACUUUGAAACAAAGCACUUACUAAAGUCUUCUGAGAUAAAACAUCUUCUGAUAUCAAACUGUCAAGAGAUUCGGGGUGGUCUGAUAAUGAAUCUGCAUAUAAACAGUGAAGCAGUUUCCAAGUAUUUGCUUCUUCUGCAAGCCAAUAAUUUUGUGCAUUGUACCUGUUCCACGGUUCUACUAAUUCAAGGGAGUCGCAACAAACUUGACCUAACCUCGCCAACGUAUGCAAAACAUCGUGUGAACGACUAGUUUGUACAAUUUCGAAAAACGCUUCAGUAAGACCUUCACCGGCGUUUUCUGAACUUAUUAAUACUGAAGAUUCAUCUAAAACUUGUCUCAGGCUCGUAUCAUUCAAAGUUUUAAAAAUAGAUGUUUCAUUCAGUAUCGGCGAAAGAUUUAACGUAUCUUCUCUCUGUAAUAAUUGCCUGUUUCUUUUAUUUCUAAUCGGUGUAUGUUGAGUUGAAUACAAUAAUACACUUCUUUCGUAAUUCAUGGUAAACUUAAAAUUAGAUAAACUAAAAACAACAAGUUCAUGUGGAAAAACAAAACCAGAAACAAACGAAAGGAAACGGUCAAAAGUAGAGU